GUGCGGCCGCCGCCGGGGAAGGGCCGGAACCUGCCGUGGGUGGAAAAAUAUCGUCCUCAGACACUGAGUGACUUAAUUUCCCAUCAGGACAUUCUGAGCACUAGUGUUGUGGCAGCUGCUGCCCUGUCAAGCUCCAAGAAGCAAGCUAAGCAGACAGAGCACCAGAAUACCCUGCAUUGUGCCCUCUCCCCUCAGUGUACAGGGGGAGCUUUGUCAGCUCUAAGUUCAUCAGUGAAGAUCGUCUGCCUCACCUUCUCCUCUAUGGACCACCAGGGACUGGCAAGACCUCCACAAUUCUGGCCUGUGCUAAACAACUCUAUAAAGACAAGGAAUUCAACUCCAUGGUUUUAGAGCUGAAUGCUUCAGAUGACCGAGGAAUCGAUAUAGUCAGGGGGCCCAUUUUAAGUUUUGCCAGCACAAGGACAAUCUUUAAAAAAGGUUUUAAGCUUGUAAUCCUGGAUGAAGCAGAUGCCAUGACCCAGGAUGCUCAGAACGCCCUGAGGAGAGUGAUUGAGAAGUUCACGGAGAACACCAGGUUUUGCCUGAUCUGCAACUACCUCUCCAAGAUCAUCCCUGCCCUGCAGUCCAGGUGCACAAGGUUCCGAUUUGGCCCCCUGACCCCAGAGCUCAUGGUCCCCCGGGUGCAGCACGUUAUAGAUGAGGAGAAGGUGGACAUAACCGAUGAUGGGAUGAAAGCUUUGGUGACCCUCUCUAGUGGUGACAUGCGCAGAGCCCUCAAUAUUUUGCAGAGCACAAGCAUGGCCUUUGAGAAGGUGACGGAGGAAACCGUGUACACUUGCACCGGUCACCCCCUCAAGUCUGACAUUGCCAAUAUUCUCGACUGGAUGCUGAACCAGGACUUCACCAUGGCCUACAAAAGAAUCAUGGAGCUGAAGACACUGAAGGGAUUGGCACUGCAUGACAUCCUGACUGAGAUCCACUUGUUUGUGCACCGAGUUGACUUCCCAGCCUCAGUCCGAACCCAGCUGCUGAUCAAAAUGGCAGACAUUGAGUACAGGCUGGCUGCUGGCACAAGUGAGAAGAUUCAGCUUAGCUCCCUUAUUGCUGCUUUUCAGGUCACCAGAGAUCUGAUUGUGGCAGAGGCUUAGAUCCACUGGCCUAUUGUAUUGCAAGGGCAAUUUUAUACCUACCCUCUUGUGAAGGAGUGAAGCACUAUCAUUGUCUGACCAGGGUCCAGAAGCUCCAUCUGUCCUUUAACAGCUGCAUUAAGGGGAAAUCUUAGCUUACUGGCAAAAGCUUGCAGCCCGAUUGCUCUCUGCUUCUCCAGGAGUUCUGCACAAGGAUCUGAAGGCAGAAAUUGUCCCCUUUGAAAGCUGUAAGGGAAAAUUCCUACAGCUGAAGUGCAAAAUAAUGGACACUCUGUUUCUUACCUCAGUGUUUGUGUAUAAGGUUCAGCAGAAAAUAGACACCUCCAAAUCAAAGGUUGGGAUCUUAUUUCCCCCCCCUCCCCGCAAGCCAUAAAAGCACAUAGCUUCCUGCAUUACAGAGCUCAUAGGUUUGGCCUAAAUUCACCAUUGACAUAAGCAUGUAACUGCACUGACAUCUAUAGAAUCACAGUCCUUUGGACCAAUUAGUCUGUGGGAAAUACAGGUGCAGGCAAGUGCAGAAGUAGGCAGAUAGCAGCAUCCUGGUGUGCUCAGGGCAUGUACGAGACUUAGAGCAACAUUCUCUAUUACUUAAAUUUCACAUAAAGCCUUACCUGGCCU